AUGGCUGCGCCGGUCCCGAAGACGUUUGUCGUCGAGCACCUCGACCCCGAGCUGGAGGCGUGGUCGUCCCUCGAGUAUGCCGCCAUUGCCCGAGAGUCGAGCGCCGCCCAGUGCCGCUUCCUUCUCUCCAGCGUGCCCAAGACGUUGAAGCUGCCGGAGAACUUGGCCCAUGUCGACGGCCUCGAAGUCGAGCAUGACAGUGUGGAAACGCUGUUCGAAAAGGCAAAGGUCUGCCUGCUGGAUCCCGCUGCCAAGCAGGAAUUGAGCCCGGCUGAUGGCGACAUCUUCGACGUGUUCCUGUUCGGAGGCAUUCUGGGUGACGACCCACCACGAGACCGCACUUCGGAGCUGCGGAAGAAGGGCUUUGAAGGACGUCGGUUGGGCCCAGUCCAAAUGACGACGGAUACCGCCGUCCGGGUGACGCGGAUGGUCGUGCAAGACAAGAUUCCUCUGGAGGCAAUUCCAUUCGUCGACAACCCCGAGAUUAGAGUCGACGAGCACGAGAGCACGGAAAUGCCCUUCCGCUACGUCACCAACAAAGACAGACAGCCAAUCAUGCCCGAGGGCAUGAUCGAGCUGAUUAAGAAAGAUUCGGAGAGGGGCUUCGGCGAUCUGCUUUGA